AUGCUCUGCAAGCAGUUCUGGGAGGCGCUCCCUGCUUUGGAAAUUCUCGAAUGGGAGAUCGACAAUGCUGAUGCUGAGCAGGACUUCCUGCAAUCUAUGAGAGAUAAGAGGGAGGGGCUCCAGUUGAAGCGGCUGGCUCUCAAUGUGGCGCACCCUAGCAAAAUGCAGGGGAUUCUCCAGGCCGUUACUCCCCCUGCCCGAGAAACGCUAGAGGAGGUCUACCUCUUUCUGGGUGACAAAGAUGAGGAAGCUUGGGCGGACUGGCAUAGCAUUCUGUCCCUGCUCCAGGAGUGCAAAACCCUGGAAGUCCUUCACUUAGCCAUCUGGGCGGCCGCUUCCCCUACUUCUGGCAAGCGUGUCCUCUGGCAGUCGGAUCAGAUUCCUCCCAAACCCUUCCCGGCCUUGCGAUCCCUCACUCUGUUUGGCUUCUCCUUCAUGGGCGACAUUGGUACUCUCCUUCAAUGCUUCCCUUUGCUAGAGAGCCUAGAGCUUUUCCAUCUAGAAGGCCAAAACUACAAUUUGGGCUCCACACCCCUCAAAAAGUUCUAUUCAUGGGGAAGGGGCGACUUGGGUUUUGACGUAAGAAGUCAGGCAUUGGCGAGGGUCCCAUCGAGUCUAGCGAUGCUUCCCGGCUUCUUGCGCAGUGCCAGCUUCGCGAAGGCGGCAGCAGCAAGCAUUCUGUUGCAGCUGAAGGUGGACGGCACAAAGGGGUCUGCGAUGGGCAGAGUUGAGACAUAUUUGCAGCAGCAGUUGGACUUGAUGGUGAAUGGAAACGGGCUCUCCCAGUGGACCGCGCUGAAGCUGGUUGGGGCCCUUCUAACAGCUCAUAGAAAGGCUUGGGCUGAUGUGCCAGGACUUUUGGAGGCGUUGGUUGCAGUUCUGAAAUUUCCACCCCACCUGCAGCAGGUGGGGGCGGUUGCCUUACUGCAAGUGACGCACGAUGGUGAGGCUCGUAUAGCGAUAGCGAAAGUUCCUGGGGUGUUCCAUAACCUGCUCGCGGGGCUAGACUGUUUGGCUUGUCUCAGGGUUCUGCACCGGCUGGCGCAAGAUGAGGGGAACUUGUGCACAAUCAAGGACACUCCCGGGUGUGUAGAAGAGGUGGAGGCGUUGCUGGACGAGGGCGGGGUCGAUGCCCUUGACAGAGGGUUGCAUUCGCAGAAUGAGAGGGAAGAGCUCCGAACGUUUUUGACUGAGUUCGUAGCAACUGACGGUGCUGUUGCCGAGUAAGAGCUCAUGCACAUGAUGUAGAGUCCUGAAAUAUGCUGAAACCUAACGAAGACGUGGGAGCUUCCGAUUUGAUGUGGCUUUUGAAAGGUCGUCCCUGUUGCUGCAAUAGUUUGGAGGCGAGCUAGACAUAACGGAG